ACAGUUUAUGCGGGUGUAACAGACGUCUUUACUGUACAGUCACUCACUCCCGAAGCUUGUCACCUUGAUCUGUGAACUUAAUUCGUGGUGUUUCGGAGUCUUUUACCCGGCUCGGAGAAAAUGGCGUCAGUCGACCUUGCUAAAGUUGGAAAAAACUUACUGAAGAGCGAUGAAAGCGAGGAGAAAGUAGAGCUCCAGUCUCUGUGGCAGGACCAGCCCGUGGUCCUCUUCUUCCUGCGCAGGUUUGGCUGUCAGGUAUGUCGGUGGACGGCAUCAGAGAUCAGCAAACUGGAGCCAGACCUGAGGGCCAACGGGGUAGCGCUAGUGGGAGUCGGACCAGAAGAAUUUGGGCUCCAGGAGUUCAAGCAAGGAGGCUUUUUAAAAGGACCCCUUUAUGUGGAUGAACAAAAGAAAUGCUACAAGGAUCUGGGCUUCAAACGGUACAACGCUUUAAGUGUGGUUCCUGCAGCAUUGGGGAAAAAAGUACGAGAUGUAGCAGCAAAGGCCAGCGCUGAAGGAAUCCAGGGAAACUUCUCAGGAGAUCUGCUCCAGAGUGGAGGCAUGGUCAUUGUGGCCAAAGGUGGAGAAAAGGUCCUACUGCACUUUAUCCAAGAUUCACCAGGAGACUACCUGCCUUUGGAGGAGAUUACCAAGGCUCUGGGUAUCUCAGCCACAGUAAAAGAAGGACAGAGGCCAGUGUGCAACGAUGAUGUUUGUACACGAUGAUGACGGAGCUGCUCUUCGUACCUGAACUGCACGUCUCGCCUCUUUGGAAGAUUCAUGAAGUGGGAUACCGUUUAAAAUGAUUGACAAUGAAGUAUUAAAUCACUAAUAAUAUUCCAGUGCCACAGUUUUUAAUCUAUUGUUUGUUUGUUUGUUUGUUUUUUAAUAAACUGUAAUGGUUUAUGGUA